AUGGAGCCGGAAAAUUUUGUAAAUUUACUUCUUGAUCAUAUUGAAACAAGGUCACCACUUCCUAAACACCACAACUUUGACUUGUAUAAUUGUCAACUUUUAUCAGAAGUUGCUUAUAAAUUUGCAAGUGAAAAGGUUAAGAAUUAUAAUGAUGUUCUAUUGAGAUAUAUUUUCUCACACAACAUUGCUCCAAACUGUGAUCUCAUGUUUAAUGCCAAAUUCUUGACACAAUUAUUAGUAAAGAGACUUCAAAAUUGUUUAAAUCCAAAGGCUUUUACUCAAAUAUUGAAAGAUGAAGUUACUUGGUUAUUGGAUGAGGAAGAACUUGAUAUUCUGAUCAAUAAUGAUUCUGAUAAUUUUACACAAUCAAAAUCCAUCAAAAUACUCAUAAUUGAGAGAUGUAAUAUGUUGAAGAGAACUUUAGCAUGUGAAGAACUUGAGAUUUCACGAUUAAUUGAUGGAAUUAUGAGAAUGUCAAAAAAUAAAUUGAAUUAUCCUUAUACUGAUGAAGAAAUUAAAUUAUCCAAAAAAUUAUAUGUUUUACAAAAUCUUCUUGAAUACAUUAUUAAUUACCCAACUGAAUAUCGACAAUUAGCAAAUAAAUUUAUCGAGAUUCUAGAAUCCAAUGAUUUUUCAAAUUUUCAACAAAUAUUUAUUUUAUUUUAUCUUUAUUAUUCUGAUCAUUUAUCUGAAAUGAGUCCAUUACUAACUCAAUUACAAUUAUUGAAAUGUCUAACUAUUCAAGAUAUUCAAGAGGAAAUAUUGGAAAAUCUUCCAAGAUUAGAAAAUGACGAAAUGAUUUCUUUAUUAUUUGAUAUUGCUACAUUGGUAUCUAAUUCACCAAUCAAAUAUAUCCCAAGAAUAAUAUCAUGCUUGGGAUUAUUACAUAGAAAAUGCGAAAAUGAUAAUUUAUUGAAAUCAAAUCAUAAAUUUAUUAGAGAUUUCAAUCGAAUAUUCCUUGAUAUUUGGUUAACUUUAUUUUCACGUAUUAUUAUUUAUGAAAAUAAACCUUAUAUUAAUAAUGAUAAACAACGUCAAAUCUACUCUUCAACACCAUUACUAUUACAAUCGAAAUCAACUAAAUCGUCAUCAUCAUCAUCAUCAAAAUUGAAAAAAUCAACUAAAUCUUCAAAAUCUUCAAAAUCAUUGCCAUCACCAUCAACAGAAAAAAUAUUAUAUGUGAUAAUUUCAUUUUUAGAAAAUUUUAACGGAUCAUUGAAAUUCAUUUGGUUAAUGGAAUCCAACAACAACUAUAAUAAUAAAGAAAAUAUUUAUUUGGAAUCAUUAUUUGGAUUGAUAUUUGAUAAAUUGUUCUUGGAUAUUCCUUUAGAAGUAAUUAUUAAAGAAAAGAAUGAAUUAGAGAAAAUUAUUAUUAGUUUUAGUAGUAGCAGCAGUAGGAAUAAUAACGAUGUUGAUGACAAGAAUAACAAUUGGUUAAAAAUAUUAGAAGAAAGAAUUAAAAUUUUAAAUGAUAAUUAUAAUCAGGAAAACGAGGAGGAGGAUUAA